AGUGUGCGGAGGUGGUCGUCCCCUAUAUACCUCUUCUCCCGUGGCGCCGCCCGAUUGCUACACUGAAUCUAUUCACCAGCGAUAUUGAUUAUCAUCUGUCUUGCCUACACAGUCACGGUGGAUCGUACUCGCUGAUGUACCCUGUUGCUCUGAAAUAUUGAAUGCAGAGCUGACAAUGGAUCGACUGAGGGUGGCGAUUAUCGGAGCUGGGGUCUCGGGUCUCGUUGCGGUGAAAACAUGUCUUGAGGAAGGCCUAGAACCGGUUUGCUUCGAAAAAGAACAUGAAUUGGGUGGUCUAUGGGUGUAUCGUGACGAGGUAGGAUCCGACCCGAGAGGACCAGCCGGCAUCUAUAAGGGUCUCAUCACCAAUGUAUCCAAAGAGAUGAUGGCUUUCAGCGACUUCUCAUUCCCUAGACACGCUCCACCUUAUCUAACGUCAGACGAUGUUGUGCAGUAUCUACAAAGCUAUGCAGAGCAUUUUGAUCUGAUGAAACAUGUCCAUUUCAAUACAUCAGUUGUAGAAGUGACGAAAUCUCAGGAUUAUGAAAAGACAGGGAGGUGGAAUGUGUGUACGCAGUCCCAGGGCGAAGAACCCAAGACAGAGAGUUUCGAUGCCGUGAUGAUGUGUUCGGGAAUAUAUACAUCGGGCAACAUACCAGACUACCCCGGGAUGAGUGGGUUCAAGGGUCAAAUACGACACAGUGGUCAGUUCAGAGGCGGGAAGGAGUUCAUGGAUAAAACAAUCGUGGUGGUGGGUUCUUGUCAUUCUGCGGGUGAUGUUGCAGUGCUGAGUACCAGUCACGCAAAGAAGGUUUAUCUGAGUUUACGAGAUGGUGCGUGGAUCGUACCCCGCCUUGUCGCCAAACAACCUGCCGACGUGUGGGCCAACCGACGGUGGAUACACCUGGUACCACCAUGGCUCUACGAACGUCUCCUCAAUCUCAACAUAAAGUCGAUGCAGGAUUGGAAGACACUCGGCAUUCAGAAAAGCCUUCCUCCUUCCAACAGUAGCAUCAUGAUGAAUGAUGAACUCCCGAUGAAGAUCAUGAGUGGUCAAGUGGUGGUCCGGAGUGGGCUCGAACGGUUCGAAGGGUCCAAAGUAAUCUUUGAUGACGGGUCUUCGCUGGAGGAUGUUGACUAUGUUGUCUUCGCCACUGGGUAUAACCCUAAAAUCUAUAUGAAAGAUGAUGUCAUAUCAGGUAGUUCCAGCCAAUUAGAUUUGUACUUACAUGUCGUGCCGCCAAGACUUGAGCACCCAACAUUGGCCGCCAUUGGUUACGUUAUGACACGUGGGACACUAGGUCCAACAGCAGAACUGCAAAGUCGGUUUGCAGUGAAGAUGUUCAAGAAAGAGUUGCAACUACCGAGUGCUUCGGAGAUGCUUGCGGAUGUCAAGAGAAGAAGGGAUGCUGUGCUUCAGCAGUACAAUGAAGAUAAGCCGAAGAUCCAUCCGACGAAAUACAACGACGAGCUCGCUAAAGCCAUCGGAGCUCGACCAAGUUUCUGGAAUCUGUUGGUGUCGGAUCCUAAACUGGCUUACCGGUUCUUCUUCGGACCGGCCUUCCCGUCAUGGUUUAGAUUGGUUGGUCCACACUCGAAGCCCGAUGCGCGUCGGAGAAUACUACAGAGCGGAGAUGAUUUGAUACAUGGAAUUACAUUGAGAACGGUUCGUCCAAGAGCUUUGUCGCGUUUGGAAGGAUUACAGGGAGGCAGGAUGCUAUCGAUUAAACUUGUAGCUGCUUGUGUUUUCGUCUUAUCUCUAGCUGUUAUGUUUUGGUCAUAGUUUUGUAUGAUCGUUUAGGUUCGAUACUUGGACCUCUCUUAUUCCUUUUAUAUAUUAAUUACAUGUGCAAUGUAUCCGGUAAACUUAAAUAUAUCUUAUUCGCAGAUGACACCAGUAUAUUCAUAUCCUACAAGGAUUUACAGACGUUGCAAACAGAAUUUAAUGAGGAAUUACAGAAGGUUACCGAUUGGUUAUACUUGAACAAAUUAUCCCUCAAUGCUUCUAAAACUAACUUUAUGAUAUUUACAAAUAAGAAAAUAAAUUAUUUUGAAAUUUUAUGGUUCAAUAAUAAAAGAAGUUUUAUUUUUAAAAUUUCUUGGUGUCAUAAUUGACAAAUUAACGUGGUUAAAUCAUAUUGAUGUCAUCUGCAAUAAGAUAUCUAAGAACAUAGGCAUAAUGUACAAAUUGCAUAAUUUUCCACCAAAUAUUUUAAAGAUGCUGUAUGUGCUAUUAUUUCACCAUUUUUAAAUUAUGGCAUUCUUGCUUGGGGAAGUGCUGCGAAUAUUUAUUUAGGAAGAUUACACAAACUUCAAAAACGUGCAGUCAGAAUUGUUAACAACUCCCCUAAUUACGCCCAUUCUUAUCUUAUGUUUCAUUCACUAAAAUUUUUAAAUAUUUGUGAUAUGUACAAGUAUGAAAUGGGACUUUUUAUGUAUUUACGUUCUAAAGGACCUUUUCCAGCGUUUUUAUUGAACUGUUUUAAAUCACUGAAUUAUAAUAUUCAUGAAUACAGCUACUAGAAAUGCUGCAAACUUCCACUUUCCUAAAGUAAGAACUUGCCUUUCUCAUAAAUAUAGUUUCUUUUGUGGCCCAGUACUUUGGAAUUCUUUGCCGUUUAAUUUGAAAACAUCUUGUUCUUUUAUUAUUCAAACGUAACUUCCGAAAUUUCAUAAUUGAUAAUUAAACCUGUUUGUAAAUAUCUUUUAAUAUAUAAUCUAAUUAUCACCACUUGUGUCUCUAUGCCUUUUUAAUAUCUUCUAAUUGUUUUUUUAUAUUUUGUUACUUUUUAUAUUGUCAAUGAUUAUUAUUCUUAUCAGCCGUCGGACGGUCAGCCGUUUUAUAAGGAUAUUUUCCCCCUUUUUGGCUGCUUCCCUCUCAAUGCUUGAUUGUAAACUUAUAUGUAUUUGAUGUUAUGUAAACUUUGAUCCCAUGUAUUUUAUCACGAUUAUAAUCAUGUUAUGCAGAGAGCAAAAUAAAAAUAAAAUUUGAAUUGAUUGAAUUCUAUACUACGUUCAAUGAUCACGGGGGUGAUAUGUUCUGAAAUGAACGACAAGAAACACACCAGUUAGCAUGUCCGACAAAACACGUUUUGUCACCAUGGUUAACACUGUACAUGCCGUAAAGCUGUCGGACUAUGGAAUCAUUACUGCAGCUGAGGAUUGUUCAGGGUCGUAUUAUGAUAUGAUCUUUUUGUUACAUAGCAAAGAGUAUAUUUUUACACGUUUUUUUUAACUAUGAAACGUAUUAAAUAUAUUUAGAAUACUUGAAAUCUAUUUAGAAUAAUUAUAGUCUGAACUGCUCAUCUAAUAAACCAGUUCGUAGAUAUGGCAAUCUUAGCAUGUGCAGAUAACAGUCAUUUUGAUCUGAGCUCUAUAAUCACAGAGAGUAAAGUAUUGCAGGAGGGUCUGACAUAGCAACACAUUCCUGCAAACUGGAUGCUUAACAUCGAGCAUAUAAAGUGCAGAUACAUGUGGUGUUACAUAAAGCUGUCUUGUUAAAUUAUGCACGACUUUACGCACAACUGGAACAUGUUCUUAGGUGUUAAGUCAUUUACAUAGGAAUGUAUCAUUUAGCACGAGAAAGGGUAACCAGUCGUGCUUGCCUAAAGUCAUUCGAAAUUUAUGAACAGGUUUAUAAAAUACACAUCGGAUAUUUAUAGCUGCCCUGACAUGGAUGUCUCAGGAAUGAGUUUAAUAUUCCAUACGAAUUAAAAGAGAAUUAAAAGCUAACUAAGUCUACUUUGUGUGUGACCAUGUACAUAGCAAAAACUGUGGCGUUAACCGGUGUACAUAGAGGACCACACCAGUUAUUUUACGCCGGUGUUAAAUUGGUGGUGUUAGUUUUACACCUAU